AUGUCAGAACCCACAGCCUCUUUCAAGCCUGCACUGAUCCUCCACGGAGGUGCAGGGAAUCUUAAACGCGCCACCCUCCCGCCGGAUCUAUACGCCGCCCAUCACGCCUCACUUCAAUCCUACCUCCGCUCAACACACAACCUCCUCAAAACUGGUGCCACAGCGCUCGACGCCGCCGUCCACGCCGUCUCCCUCAUGGAGGAUGACGAGCUCUUCAACUGUGGCCGCGGUAGCGUCUUUACCACAGAGGGAACGAUUGAAAUGGAAGCGUCAGUGAUGGUCACCUCGGUCCAAGACACAACCACCAACCUAGAAGGCACCAUCAAACGUGGAGCAGGUGUAAUGGGACUUAAGAAUAUUCGGCACCCUAUCCGACUUGCACGCGAGUCUCUUUUGCGUACGGGCGUGACGGUGGAUGGUGCACCAAAACAUGAUGGCGGGAAUCUACACUCGCAAUUACAUGGCUCCCAUGUCGAGACGCUUGCGCGGGAAUGGGGACUAGAGUUCAAGCCCGAUGAAUGGUUUUGGACGAAGCGUCGAUGGGAUGAGCAUCAGCGCGGAUUGAAGGGUGAGGCGGAACCUCUAUCAUUGAGCCAGGGAACUGUUGGGUGUGUAUGUUUGGAUCAGUGGGGCAAUCUAGCUGUUGCCACUAGUACGGGUGGACUGACGAAUAAACUUCCUGGUCGAAUUGGGGAUACUCCUUCUCUUGGUGCGGGCUUCUGGGCUGAAUCGUGGGAAGAGCUUGUGCCGAACAUUGCUCCAAGUCCUGAUUCUUCAUCUGCACGUGGCUUCAUCCAGGAAGCUAGGGAGUUGUUGGCGGACUGCUUACUUCCUUUUAUGAGAGAAACUCAUACCUCAGCACAGUAUACGCCUCUUCCAGGUAGCUUGGAAACAAGGCAGUUCUGGUCUGGAUCAGAGAAGCAGGCUUUGGGUUACCAAGCCUCCUCCCCAACACAGAAGGCUUAUAAGAGACGUGCAAUUGCGAUCUCAGGCACUGGGAACGGUGACUCGUUCCUUCGAGUGGCUGCUGCACGUACUGCAGCUGCGAUGCUACGUUUCUCUCCACCUAGCCUUGGUUUAGCCGACGCCGUUACAGCGGUGGCUGGUCCUGGUGGUGAACUCCAACGAUCUGCCGGCCAACGCUGGAAUAUCACAGGAGAAGGUGGAGGUGGCAUUAUUGGGAUCGAGGCUGAUUCGGGACUUGCUGGCAGUGGAGAACUGCCCCGAGGAAAAGUUGUUUUCGACUUCAAUUCCGGCGGGAUGUGGCGUGCGUGGGUCGAGGAAGACAGCUCUGGAAAGGAGCAUGAGAGGAUUAUGGUCUUCCGCGAAGAGUAUCGAUAG